CUUUCUUAAUAUUUACAAACAUUUUGCUUUCAGAUAGAACACACAAUGACAAUGCCAAAAUUAUGCGAAGCUAGACUGGAGUAAAAUGUUAAGAUGGUUGGGUCCACGAAAGGGUUCCCCAGAUCGACAGGCCGAAGAGGUAACCGAGGAUCCCCUCGCGGCGAUUGGCCCGAAACGGAAAGGCGACAAAAUUUAUUCCGUCAGCAGGGUGAAUCCGAUAUUCGAUGACGGUUGCCCGUCGACUGCGGUUAAGGUGAAAACGGUUCCUACGCGAGAUAGUUAUCCGCCAAGCGCCGAAAAAUCCGACUCGUCCGGCUAUUGCGGAAGUCGCGUGGGACCUAGCGACGAGCGGUUGAGGUUGCGCGAUGAUUUGGUGGUGGAACAAAAUUCGGCGUACGUUAAAUCGAUUCAGGUUGCACCGCUGUGCGUAAAAUCGAAGUCGAUACCAUCGCUAGGUUCGGGUUCGUCAACCAGGGGUACGCUAACUACAAUUCCUGAGGGCAAAGUGGACUUGGGCGUGCCAAAACCCAUUUGGCCCAACGGACUGAAACACAUUAGUCAAUACGAUUCGCUCGUUGACGAAGCUUUACUAUUGUACACUAGCACAAGUUAUGUUCCUAAUGACCAAGUCAGUCUUGAGAAAGACGUUUCGCUACGUGAAGUUUUAGUCGACCUUUCGAACUGCAUCAGUGCUACAAUAGAGGGUAAGAGCGACGUCGCGCCGGAAGUUAUGUUGAAGGCGGUCAAAGAAAAAAUAACUGCCAGUCUAGGUUUGCUGAGAAACUCGACCGAGGAGGACAUGCGUAAAUUGUGCAUCAAUCUAAGCAAGCUUCAGCAGGUUAACUCAGUCGUGAGAGCCUUUACUAACUCGUCCUCUAGCGGGAAUUCCAGCCAAGGUUCGCCGGAGCUGAACAGUGCCAGGGAGAGAAGAAUUUCGGACGAGGCGGACGAAAUCUAUCAGGUUCCUUCGGGAUCGUCCAGUAGUGGUUUUAGUGACUCCGUAAAACACUAUCCCGUUGCUAAGUUUACGCUGCCACAAGACGACGCUGCCUUACAGUCGCAAGGUAUUCGAAACGCAAUUAUAUACGGUACGUUGUGUCGGACGAACGUUAAAGUUAGUAGUGCCAAUGAUAAGUUGUGUGCUCCAAAUGGUAAUGGCGCAGAGAGGAAGAGGAGUCUGUUGCAGUCGAAUCCGGAUAGCAAGCCGAGCGUGUGGCAGCAAUACUAUGGAGUCAAUAUUGCUCAAGGAAGUAGCAGUAAGCAUAAUCCCAAGCCUUCCGAUGUACCACUUUACCCUGGAGGAAGGCCCGAGGCAGAUUUCACUUUGGACGUCCCCAGAUCGGAGUUAUUGGCGAAGAGGAUGAAGCAAGACAAAAAGUGGAGACUUAGGUGUAGAUUAAUUACGUCUUUUCUUGGACUUGUUUUCUUCCUUCUGUCUGUAAUGGCUGUUAGUCUUAUGUUAACGCGCGGAAAACGCAUGUUUGGAUCUAUGAUGUAAGAAAACGCCGUGAUACAAAUCUCAGUGAAUUUUAUUUAAUAUUUUGAAGUAGUUUUGUGCUUAAAACAUUAUUGUCCAUUAUUAUUAAUCGUUCAACUCUCACUUGCCUGUAAAUAUUCUUCAAUAACAGUCAAUUCCGCCAUCUCAUUUUUGCUCAUUAGACAUAAAAUAGUACCACCAAAUAGUUACCGUUAUUUUUUAGUAAUCGUCCAAUGUGGACUUUACUUUUUGUGAUAAACAACGAGUGUCAUCUUAAUCAUUUAUUGACAAUGCAAUUAAUGAAAGUAUUUAAUUAUUAUAUAAGGUUAAAUUACCGUGAGUGUAUAAUAUGUGAUUAGUCAUAGUAAAUUAUUCUAAUGUAAUGUAAUUAGCAUUUUUUCGGAUACUAAGUUUUAAGUUGUAUUUUUAGUUUGUUAAUAUGUAUAAAAAUCAUACUGUCUGAAUGUAAAUUAACGGCGAGUGUUUGCAUAAUGCUGAAAAAAAAUAAAAUAUUCAAAGUA